CAGCCGGCUCCGGGCGGGCUCGGGAGUGGCUCAGGCGGGGCUAUAAAUGCUAUAAAUGCCCGGGCCUGAGCCCGGCUCCCCUUCCGCCCUGCCCGAUCUCUCCUGUUCCUCCUUGAACACUCGGUUUGUCGCUGUCCCCAUGGCGUGUCCCCUGGAGCAGGCGCUGGCCGUGGUGGUCGCCACCUUCCACAAGUACUCGGGCAACGAGGGCGACAAGUACAAGCUCAACAAAGCCGAGCUCAAGGAGCUGCUCACCAAGGAGCUGCCCAGCUUCAGCAAGCAAACCAGCGAGGCGAAUUUACAGAAGCUGAUGAGCAACCUGGACUGCAACAGCGACAACGAGGUGGAUUUCCAGGAGUACGUGACCUUCCUGGCCUGCAUGGCCAUGAUGUGCAACGAAUUCUUCCAGGACCUGCCCGACAAGAUGCCCCGCAGGAAGUGAGGGCAGGGCCGGCCACAGCCCCGGGGCCCUCCCGAUGUGAUCCCGAUGUCAUUUCAAUAAAUCUCGAUUUAAAUUAA